GUCCCCCUCCUCUUCUGGCCCUAAGCCCUCUGCUUCAGGCCACACUCCGGCCACAGGCCUGGUCCCCACCAAGGCCACAGCCCUGAAUUUCCACCGCAUGCGCAGGAUCAUUGCGGAGGACACUGAGUGGUCGCUGGCCAUUGUGCCCCUGCUCACGGAACUCUGCAUCCAGAACAUCAUCAGGAACUUCCAGGAAAACCCUGUCCUGAAGCAGCUGCCCCCAGAAUACCAGGAGAAGGUCCUGAGCCACCUGCCCCCUGACCUGCCACUGGCCGUGACCGCCAACCUCAUCGAGGACGAGGGCUACUGGCGUCGCUGCUGCGUGCAGCGCUGGCCCGUGUGCCACGUGGCCCGGCACGGAGGCAGCUGGAAGCGCCUCUUCUUCGAGCGACACCUGGAAGGUCUGCUGCGCCGCUUCAUCCCCGGCACCACGGACCCCUGCACCGUCCUCGACCUGCUGCCCCUUUGCAGGGACUUCGUGCGCAGCCUCCGCGUGGACCAGCUCCUCCCGCCCGUGCGCCUGCCGCCCGCGCCCCGCACAACGGGAGACCAGUUGGACUCGGGCAGCGAGGGGGACGCCGAGGAAUCCAGGGCCUACCACUACCCGCUGGGCCCUCUGGUGGCCGGCCUGAGCCAGCUGGAGGAGCUGGACUUGGUGUAUGGCGUCAAGGACUGCGGUAUGAACUUCGAGUGGAACCUCUUCCUCUUCACCUACCACGACUGCCACUCCCUGGCUGCCACCGUGAAGGCCUGCCACACGCUCAAGAUCUUCAGGCUGACCCGCAGCCGCGUGGAUGACGAGAAGGCCCGCAUUCUGAUCCGCAGCCUGCUGGACCACCCAGCCCUGGAGGAGCUGGACCUGUCACACAACCUCAUCAAGGACCGCGGGGCCCGCGGGGCCGCCAAGCUGCUCAGCCACAGCCGCCUGCGUGUGCUGAACCUGGCCAACAACCAAGUACGUGCACCCGGGGCCCAGGCACUGGCUCACGCCCUGGCACACAACACCAACCUUCGCUCCCUCAACCUGCGCCUCAACUGCAUCCAGGACGAGGGCGGCCAGGCCCUGGCUCACUCCCUGCUGACCAACACAUGCCUCACCACCCUGCACCUGGGCGGCAAUGAGCUGUCUGAGCCCACGGCCACGCUGCUGUCCCAGGCCCUCGCCGUGAACACCACGCUCACCAGCAUCAACCUGUCCUGCAACCGCAUCGGGCCGGAUGGCGGGAAGCAGCUACUGGAGGGUGUGGCAGACAACAAGACCCUCUUGGAGUUCGACUUGCGCCUGUCGGAUGUCACCCAAGAGAGUGAAUACCUCAUUGGCCAGGCCCUCCAUGCCAACCGGGAAGCUGCCCACCAGCAGGCCUUGAGUCCCAGCCACUUCGUGUUGCCAGUCACUGCCAGUGGCCCUGGGAAUUCUGUGGCAUAAGGAAUUAGGCAGGCAGAGAGGACACCGAGGGACCAUAUAUGCCAGACUCUCCCAUGCACCCUGUCCACAUAGGUGAUUC